CCGACGCCGCCACCACCACCGCUUCUCUCCGCCACGUUGGCCACUGCUCAGCCGUCCAAUCUUCUCCCGCUCAGCCUAAUCAAUCACACAAACCACCAUUUCCAUUACAUGCUUGCUUGCAUCUCAUUAUCUAAUUGGAUGUUGCCGAUAAACCCCAAUUCCAUCUUCACCAAACCCCCAUUAUUUGCUCUUCCCUACCUAACACCUCCCGCUACCCUCCUCCGCACCCGCGCUGCCUCCGAUAACCUCAAUUGGUCGUUCACUUAUUCCGCCGUAGCUGACUCCGCUUCUGGAAAACUCAACGGCAACGGCUCCGUUGGUGCUCCGGCGGCCGUGGAGAAGAAGCGUACUCGUAACUUUGGUAACGAUAACAAUACCAAUACUACCAAGGUUAAUGCAAAGGAGAGAUGGUCGCGUGACCGUGAGAGUUACUUGACUGAUGAUGAUGAUCCUCUGCCGCUCCCGAUGACAUAUCCUGAUACGUCACCUGUGUCUCCUGAUGUGAUCGAUCGGAGGUUACGGUGCGAUCCUAUGAUUGAGGAUUGUAACGAAGUAGUUUAUGAAUGGACCGGAAAAUGUCGGAGUUGUCAAGGAUCAGGAUACGUCAGUUAUUACAACAAAAGGGGAAAGGAAGUUGCCUGCAAGUGCAUACCAUGCCAAGGGAUAGGUUACGUCCAGAAGAUCACAGCACGCAAAGAUAUCGAUGUAAUGGAGGAUCUGGAUAAUGGAAAAUCACCUUGGGCUUCUUGAUUCUGCAUAUUCUUGAUUCAUUAUUCAUCUUCGGCUUAUUUAUUGUAAAACAUGAAGAAGAAAAGACCUGGGUUACCUUCAGAUUAUGUAGAAAACAUAGUGAUACAAAACUUAUGAUGACAAGAAUAAAGUUAAUAGGGUUUUGAUC